AUGCAACUCAAGUCGCUCAGGGAGCUGGAUCCAAGCGAAGGCACAGUUCAACUGUAUAACGGAAAUCUCUCCCAGCAGCAUAUACAGGGCAGUGACACUGUCCUAUUCCCACAGCCAUCCUCAGAUCCCAAUGACCCGUUGAGGUGGCCAAAAUGGCGCAAACAUGUCGUCUUUCUGACUAUCUGCCUCUUCUCGUGCCUGAACAACUUUAGUGGGACUGUACUUUCGGAUAGCUUCUUACCUAUCUCCGAAGACCUCCACGUAUCUCUUGAUGAUGCUUCCGGUCUUCUUUCUUGGAUAGUUCUUACUCAGGGCAUAUCUAAUUUCAUCUGGGUCCCUACGGCGAUAUAUCUCGGGAAACGUCCAGUGUUUAUCGUAUCCUGUACAAUUGCCUUUGUUGGGGCAAUCUGGGCUGCUGCUUCUCCUGAUUUUGGGAGUCUGCUGGGGGGAUGUAUCUUCGGCGGGUUUGGCGGAGGAGCCUCGGAAGCUCUAGGUGCUGCAAUUAUCAAUGAUAUCUACUUUUUGCACGAAAGAGGGUCAAAGAUGUCCUGGUAUAUUAUCUUCAUCGCAUUUGGCAGUAGUUUAGGGCCAUUAUGUGGCGGCUACCUAAUUGAGUACAAGGGUUGGGCAUGGGGGAAAUGGCUAAGUGCCAUUCUUCUAGGUGUAAACUUAUUGUUGAUAAUAUUCUUUGCCCCCGAGACGAGGUUCAGAAGGUCGCCAAGUAUCGUCGAGAGAUCGGAUUCAAGUGCAAUCUCUGAAAGCCCUAGUGAAAAGGUUCAAGGAGAUCAAUUUGAGCAUCUGGAGGUCGGAAACAGAAGCCCGUCGUCAGAUGAGCCGAGCUCCACGUAUAAUCGCAAGACUUAUCUCCAGUCUCUCAACCCUUGGUCUGGAGUCGCUUCAGAUGCGUCGUACUUGAGCUUGCUACUUCGUCCCAUACCUCUAUUGGCUUACCCGGCAUGCUUCUUUGCAGCUCUUGCGUACUCUUUAGCACUUGCACCGACUGUCAUGGUAAACGCUGUCAGCUCGACCAUUCUCAUUCCCCCGCCUUAUAACUUCUCCGUCGGCGCAGUGGGUUUGAUAAAUAUCCCUGGAAUGAUUGGACAAGCCUUUGGAGCGAUUAUUGGCGGUGUCUGCAUAGACAGAUGGGCGGCGUACUGUGCCAAGCGCAACAAUGGUGUCUUUGUUCCCGAAACACGUCUUUUUCUCUUUAUCGUCCCUACAAUUAUAGUAUUCACCGGAAUAGUGCUCUUCGGCUUUUCUGUGGAGCAACAGAUGAGUUGGCCGGUCAUUUUUACGGCAUACGGCCUUAUGAGUGUUGGCUUGACGGGAUCUGCGAGCAUAACUAUGACAUAUGUCUGUGAUUGCUAUUUCCCUGUCUCAGCUGAAUGCUUGGAGAUGAUCAAUGGUAUUAAAAACAUUGUCGCAUUCGGGUUAGUCCACGGAGUGGUGCCCUGGGUUGAUAACAUGGGAUAUUCCAAGGCUUUUGGUACACUGGGGGGUAUUUUCGGUGGCUUGAUGGCUCUCGUGGUACCACUGCUGGUCUGGGGUCCUCAGAUCCGCCAUCAUACUUCUUCCAAGUGGCGCCUAGUUAGUUGGGAACUUGAAUAA